AUGACAGACUCAUUUGGGCAAACUAAAUUAGGGGCACCUAGUGGUUCUGAAUAUGAUACGGGCGUUUCAAAUGGGGAUGUGGACUGGUUAUUUCGAGGCAAGUCCAAAAAAUUGACAAAAAAAAUGAACUCUACUGUGGUAGACAAAGAAAAGAAACUGGGGGACAAUGAAAAGUCAAGAGAGGAGAAAAAGUCUGAAGACAAGCAAAAUGAUCAAUCCACAUCAGAAGUCAAGAUGCCUUUGAAUAUGGGGAGGUCUCAAGACUCUAGCAAGGCACCAAAAGAAAAGGAACCUGCUACAGAGAAAUAUGGUAAGUCUAAUAAGACUACUAAUCUAAACCGACAAAAGGAUACCAGUAGUGCUAAAGAAACACUCCACAACACUAUCCCACAUGAUAAUAUAGAUGCGGCGAACAAUGAGAAAUCUAAUUUGACAUCUAAUGAUAAAUUUUCUAUGUUAGAUAAGUUCAGGCUUGGAAGGACCAGAUCUUCGUCGACAUCCAGCGUAAAUGCUGAUGCAGGUGAUCCAUUACUGAGCAAGUCAGGCCGCCAAUUACAGAACACGCAGCAGCCACAGCAAGAAAAACACUUAAAUCAUGAACAUGUAUCUCAGGAAUCGUCAAGCGCUAGACGAAGAAGCAGCUUAGGCUUUGGAAGUGACAGAUCUAACCCAUCAUCUGAGGGUGAAGUAUCUCCAGGUGUAUCGAGAUCAAAUUCUUCUGGUGGUAAAACUAGAUCCUUGCUAAGUUCAAUAUCGUCCAAGUUUAAAUCUAACGGAGACUCUUCGGCGUCUACUGUAAAUAGUGCAUCAAAUCAGACGCCGCAUACGCCAAAGUUUAAUCCUCACUUGAUCGGCUCGGGCUCUACACCAUCCCACAAUCAGGAUUUAGCUACCGUUAUGAACAGGCCACCGUCAGGUGUGGGUAUUCCAUCAAGCGGAAAGAGAAGGAAUUCUUCUGGUGGAAAAAGCUCCUCCAGUCCUGAUGCUUCACUAGAUAAAGAGAAGGGUAAAUUUUUUAGAAGAGAGUCUGUCUCCAGUGGAAAGUCACAAAACAGCCGUGUUGUCUUGAAUAAGAACAGCAAGAGAGACAAAAUACCUAUUAAAGAGUUGGACAAUUUGAAUUUGCGUAGAGUUAAUUUCGCGAUUGAUAAGUUGUUAGAAGAUCCACAACAGCAAAUUCCAUCUAGACGGCCAAAAAAAGGAAAUGUUUUAAUACCGGAUGAUAUUUUAGCUCCCUCUCCGAGGUUGUGUCAGGGUAUAUCUUCGAGCGAUGGUAGCAAAAUGAAUUCGGGGAGUGAGAAUAAAUAUUCCGAGAAGGAAUUACAAGCUGCUCUUGAAUCACACAAACGUGCUCUCAUAGAAGCAGAUAAACAUGCUCAAGAAGCUCACCUAUCUGCGAAUCGCAUAGCUCAGGAAGUAAGGCUGUUCAGGUGUAAGAGUGGGUCAUUAAAAUCCCAAAAUGGAGGAGAAGAUUUUGAGAACGAAGCUGAUUACGACGAUGCACCUGGAACUCUAGCACAUGAUGUUGCUGAUAUCGAAAUUGAUAAGCCAUUACAUACUCAUGAAAACUAUUUCGAAAACUCUGAAGAACCUGAAGAGGAAAAUAUAGACAAUAUCACUUUAGAGUCGAUAUAUACCAGAUGCUGUCACUUGAGGGAAAUUUUACCUAUUCCAGCAACUUUGAAGCAACUCAAGAAUAAGUCAAAGCCUUUGCAAGUAUUGAAGCUAUUGAAUCCGAAGCCAACUUUGAUAGAUGCGUUGUCUUUUAGUGACUUUAUUGCCAUAACUCCCAUUUACACUGUCAUUUUUGAUAAUGUGACCGUGACAACUGAAAUGUUGAUGCAUUUUUUGUCAUCGCUUGUUAAUAACACAACUUUAGAGAAACUUUCAUUAAGAAAUGUGGCAAUAGAUGAAAUAGGAUGGAAAUAUUUAUGCAAGUUUUUGUCAAAAAAUAAAACCAUAAAGAAAUUGGACAUUUCUCAACAAAGAAUAAAAUCUGACACGAAGGCUAAUUCUGUGAGAUCUUCGAUGAAUUGGGACCUUUUUAUUGAAUCAUUAAUUAUAAGAGGAGGUAUAGAAGAAUUAGUUAUCAAUGGCUGUAAACUUUCGGAUGAAGCCUUCAAGUCUUUGAUCGAAAGAGCAGUCAAAUUAUCAACGUAUCGCUUGGGAAUUGCUUCUACGGAAUUGAACUUAAGCAAAGCAAAAAUUGUCGCUGAGUGGAUAACAGAGCCAGACUCAAAGUGCGUUGGUGUCGAUCUUGCAUUCAACGAUUUGACUAAAGGGCAAUUGAGGCCAUUUAUUGAACCGUUUAACAAAGGAAAACUGAAACUCUUAUUUUUUUCGCUCAAUUCCACACAUUUAUCUGACGUCGAAGAAGCUUCACAAAUGAUUGAGGCAUUAUCACACGUUAAGACACUAAGAUUUUUAGACUUGAGUUCUUUGCCCCAGUUGUUUCCUUCAAUAAUCUCAAGUUUGAAUAAAUAUUUACCACGCUUUGAGUCUUUGAAGAGAAUUCAUUUCGACUUAAAUGAACUAAGCUCCCAGUCCAUCGUGGCAAUAGCCGAUAUCUUACCGAAAAUCAAGACAUUGGUUCACGUAUCAUUUCUAGGAAAUCGAGAUUUAAGUAAUACUGCUGCAGCUACUUUAUAUACUGCAGUGAAACUCUCAGACUCUAUCUUCGCUUUAGAUUUGGAUUAUGAUUUAAUAAGUGAUGAUUUAGCACAAAGAAUCGCAUUCUAUUUGAUGAGAAACAUGGACAAGACUUUGAACUCUGAGAUAAAUUACCUGGCCAAUCAUGACAACGAAGAGGAAUUAAUGUAUGAUGGAUCCUUGUUGAUGGAGACUGCCGAAAAAUUGUUGAGCGAAAACGACAAGAGUAAGGAUAAAAAAGAGGACUUAAAGCUUCAAAAAAUCUUGACUAAUGCCAUGAUGGAGAGGGGCCGUGCUGUUCGUAAAGAUAUUCAUAAAAUAAUUGAUAGUCUAUUUGAGAGGAGGAAUCAAGGAACCCUUUCGUUAGAAGGCAAAGAGAACUUAUUAAGACUUUGUUUGCUAGAUGCUUCUCUUGAAAAGGUCGUCCAUACCUUCGAGGAACAAGCAAAAUUGAAAGGUUUUUUUUCAAGCUCGCAGAAAACAGAAUCUACAUCCUCCUCAAGUAAUGCUGAUCAGUCUAGACCCGAAAUUAAAACACCUUUAUCAAGGGAAAGCUUGCAUCAAAGUUCUAACGAAUUGAUAACGGCUGGGCAUAUUUUAUCGCCUCGCAGCACCACAUUUUCUCUGCAAUCUCUUGCACCACCCACAGAACAAAAUUUCCAGCCACAUCAAGUUGUUAUUGAUUCAAUGUCUGAUGGUAAGGAUAUUCCUAUCGACAAUUUAACAGGUAGACCUGUUUUGAUGAGAUCCAGUUCACAUGCUUCCUCUCAUGCAAAGGAACAAGAAAUGGAAGAAGGUGAGCUUCACAGAUGGGGAUUUUUCAUUCAACAAAGGAAUAACAGUAGUACCGAUUUAAAUACGAACAGAGAUAAUACUCAAUCACAGAUGAGUAAAAAACCGCUGAGCGUAAUUUCAGAUACUCCUGAAAAGCAGGCGAAAGACAUCCCCCAUCUUCCUGUUCUUCCUUCUGGUUCCGAACUUAGAGAUGCAAUAAUUGCUGCGAAAGGUAUCGAAUCAGUUACCGAUUUGAUAGACAAAAUAAACAAUAACAGAGUUAGUAUAGACAAGAUCUACAACAUUCCUGAAAAGCCUUCCAAAAAAGAGAGUAGCAUCUCUUCUCCAAAUGACGAUAAAAACCAUUCAACAAAUAGUGAUGAAGACGAUAAUAUAUCCAUAGACUCUGAAUACGAUGGCGGUGAUGAUGCAAUGAACGCAGUUGUUGAUGAAGCAUACGAUAAGAUUUUGAACGAUGCGCAAAGAGUAAGGUCUAAUAAGUAG